AUGAUUAUAAAAUACAACGAACGCAGAGUUUCUAUCACUCCUAAAACCUAGACCAGUCUCAACAGUCCUGUUAGAAAUAACACGUAGCCAGUAUUUCUAACGUCUCCAAAAAAAUAAUUGUCAAGCAUUAAGGAAAUCACUAAUAAAUAAUAGGAAUUAAAUAAGCUUCUUAAUUAGCAUGUUGAUUUCUAGACUUAAUCCGCUAACACUUCUAUGCAUUCGUUUGAUUGCAUUACGGCUCAAUCAAGAUUCAGAAGGAAACAAGUCAAUGCUGAUAUUAGUUCAAAAUUAAUGCACUUAGACGAAGAAAUUGUUGAAGUAUAUAAUGAAUUCGAAAAGAAUUACAGAUAGAUCAAUGAUUUGGAUAAAUUAGAAUAUACUCCAUAAGCUAGUUAACAAUAAAUUUUUGUGAGUAGAAAAAGUCUAAACAAUUUAAUUUAAACGCAUGAUGGACUCAUGUAAUCAGAUUUAAAGUUCGGUAAUUUGAACAGAAUUAGAAUUAAUAGAUUCAAAUUUUAUUAUUUUCGUAUUAAACUAAGAGGGAAGGUAUCUCCAAUUUAAGUAUUCUUCAACAUUCCAGAAAGAGUAUAAAGUUCAGCUGUAAAAAUGUUUUUAUCAACUAAAGCAGAAUUCCCAACUAAAUUUAACGCAGAAUAUAUUCUUCACUCUCGAUUUGCUAAAAUAUUUUCUGAAAGAAAUCAGCAUUAUUUUACUGAAGAAUAUCUUUUCAUAACAAUAUAUUCUGAUGUAGAUUUCGAAUUCUCAAUAACAUUUCAGUUUGGAAACACUCAAAUCACUAAAUCACCUCCCAAACAAAUUGCAGAGUCUCUAGACCUUAUAUCCUAAAAUUGCUCUCCAACCUAAAAGUAACUUCCUAAUGACAAAAUUAUAUAAAAUCUUACCUUAACCUAAUAUCAAGGAAGCUAAAAAUUGCGUAAAAUAUUAUCAGUUCAAUCAGAAAGAACUCACAAAUAAAAAUAGGCUAAAUCUCUGAGAUAAUCAAUGCUCGAAGAUAAGAAAUUAGAUAAGAAAUCUAAAUUACUGGUUAAGGAUUAAAUACUUCAUUUUAGGGAAGUAGAAAGAUAGAUCAAAUUGAAAAAAUUAUAAAUGCAAUUCGUCCAAUAAAACUGGUUUCAACUUUUUAGUUUGCUGCUUAUUACUGAAUAUGUUUCGAAUUCUCUGUAAGAAUAGAAGAGAAGAUAAAAGGUUGCAGCCAAAGGCAAACUAUUAGUUUGGGCAAUGAAAACUAAAGCCUUGUUAGAUGUGAAGGAAUAUGGAGAAAGUGCAAAAGAAAGAACCAUUUUCAAAACUAGAUGUGUAGUUUAAAGUUUUGCAUGUAUGAUUAGAGAUAAGUCUAAAAUCAAAGCAGAAUUUGUUGUUACCAAGUUCAUGGGACGCAUACUUUUGUUUCUAACUAUUCUAAAUAAACAUUAAAGCACUUUAAACAAAGUCAUGUUUAUUCAAAGAAAAUUUCGUUUAUUAAAAGCUAAGAAAAGAAAAUUCAGAGAUAAGUUUUGGAAGUUAAUCAAAGAGAACAUAGCUGAUAUUAUUUAUGAUCUGAGAAGGUAAAAAGAAACAUAAUUUUUCUUUGAUAAAUAAUAAAUUAACAUUGACAUACCUGCAAUGAAUAUAGUCAUAGAUGAUUAUUGUAGAAGGCAAAGGGUAUUGUGGCUCGAAUAUAUAUAACACACGUUUUUAGAAAAGGAUUAAAAGAGAAAAAUACAUGAAUACGCUAAAAAUCUCAAGGAACCUAAGAUUUAUGAUUUACCGAAUAAAAACGAAGUAAUAUGCAAAAAUGAAAAAAAUACUAUGACUAUAAAAUAAUUUAUUUAAAUGGGAAAUGCAUGUUAGGCGACACAAGAUAGUCUCCCAACAGAAAUCAGUGAUGAAUCUACAGGACCUCAAACAGUAAAGGAGACAAAUGAUAGAGUUAUAUUCAAUGAGAUUUAUAAAAAGGAGAAUGUUGAGGUUCCAGAUAAAUCAUACUCCUCACCAAUUCUAAUUCAUCUUCAACUCAUCAAUCUUGACUUGAUUGAACCAGAUUAGUUUAUCCCUUAAAUUAAGCCAAACAGAAGAACUUUGAGUUUUGUUAAUGAGAGAACGUAGAAGCAGAUAGUCAGAAGUAGAACACCUUCUCAUAAAAUUGAUUCAGACACAAUAUCUAUGACAAAAUAACCGAUCAAAUCCUCAUUAAAAUCCAUCAAUUCUAGGAAAGGCAGCUCUAACAAAAGUCAAAAGUCAGUUAGAUGGGAUAGUGAUUUAAGUGUUUUCCUUAAUUUAACUCACUAUCAAAAUUAUUAGAUAUGA